AUGUUUCUGGCGACGUGGUGCCAUAUACGUACUCCACUACGAUAUAGCUACGUCCGAGUGAGGUGCUACUCGCAAGCAGCCUCAUAUAAUGUGUUAUCCAAUGAAGAAAAGAAACAAAAACUAAGUCAAGAUAAAUUCCGUAAAGAAUUGGAGGAACGAAUAUCCAAAAUUCCCAUUGCAAAUUAUCGAAAUUUCAGCAUUGUGGCACACGUGGAUCAUGGGAAGUCAACAUUAUCAGAUAGGCUUUUGGAGCUCACUGGUGUUAUUCAACCAGGUGCAAAGUCACAAGUGCUCGAUAAGCUAGACGUUGAAAGGGAACGAGGCAUCACGGUUAAAGCACAAACGGUUUCAAUGAUUUACAACGACCCCAAGUGUCAAGAGGAUUACCUACUACACCUAGUUGAUACCCCUGGACAUGUUGAUUUCAGAGCAGAAGUGUCCAGGAGUUACGCAUCGUGUGGUGGUGCAUUAUUAUUAGUUGAUGCCUCUCAAGGAGUUCAAGCGCAGACUGUCGCAAAUUUCUACUUAGCUUAUAGCAUGGGUUUGAAAUUGAUCCCAAUAAUAAAUAAAAUUGACCUUGAUCUGGCGGAUAUUCCAAGAGCUAUUGAACAAGUGGAGACGACAUUUGAAUUGGACCCAGCGGAUUGUAUUCCAGUAAGUGCAAAAACUGGUUUAUAUGUGGAAAAUAUUAUUCCAUCCAUUAUUGAGAAGAUCCCAGCACCAUCAGGAGAUGUAAAUAAACCGUUGAAGGCAUUACUUGUGGACUCAUGGCAUGAUCCCUAUGUAGGUGUGGUGAUGUUGAUACAUGUUGUGGAUGGGAAAUUAAAGAAGGGAAUGAAAGUGUUAUCUGCUCAUUCGAAUAAGUCAUAUGACGUAAAGGAGGUUGGAAUAAUGUAUCCCGAUAGAACCCCAAUGGAGUGGAUCAAGUCUGGUCAAGUAGCAUACAUAAUACCUGGGAUGAAAAACCCAAGAGAAGCUUUGGUUGGUGACACAUUUUUCCAGUUGGGAAAAAGUGAAGGACUAGAGCCUCUACCUGGUUUUGAGGAGCCCAAGCCAAUGGUUUUUGUUGGUGCCUUUCCUGCGGAUGGUCGAGAUUUCAAUGCUAUGGAUGAUCAGAUGCAGAAUUUGGUGCUAAACGACAGGUCAGUAACUUUGGAAAAAGAAACUUCCGAUGCAUUAGGAUUGGGGUGGAGACUUGGAUUUUUAGGUUCAUUGCACGCUUCGGUAUUCAAAGAGAGAUUAGAAAAUGAAUACGGUGCUAAAAUUAUUCUCACAGCUCCAACAGUGCCAUACAAAGUCAUUUAUCGUAAUGGAAAAGAGAAAAUUGUUACCAACCCAGGCGACUUUCCCACCAACAAAAUUGUAAACGAAGUUGACUGCUUUAUGGAACCCUAUGUUGAGGCAAUAAUGACGUUGCCAAAUGAAUACGUAGGAACAGUGAUGACACUUUGCUUGAGCAAUCGGGGUGAGCAAAAGGACAUUGAAUACUUAAAUACUGGACAAGUCAUGCUAAAGUAUGAACUACCAAUGGCUCAGUUGGUGGAGGAUUUUUUUGGUAAACUAAAGGGCUGCACCAAAGGGUAUGCUUCGUUAGAUUACGAAGAGUCUGGCUACAAAAAGUCAGAUAUUGUCAAAAUGGAGUUGUGUGUUAAUGGUGAGCCACAAGAUGCUUUGACAACCAUCGUUCAUAAAUCUCAAGCACUAUCCAAAGGUAAAGAUUAUGUUACAAGAUUCAAAAAGUAUCUUCGUUACCAACUUUUUGAAGUUGCAAUUCAAGCAAAGGUCAACAAUAAGGUAGUUGCAAGGGAAACGAUUAAAGCCAAGAGAAAAGAUGUGACUCAAAAAUUGCAUGCUGCUGAUAUCUCACGAUAUAAAAAGUUAUUAGAGAGACAAAAAGAAGGUAAAAAACAGAUGAAAGCUAGUGGAAAGGUAACUAUAGGCAAUGACGCAUAUCAGGCAUUUUUACGACGUGACGAUUAA